CGCCUUGACCCGUCCGUUCACCUUCGUUAUCGAGUAGAACCAUGGCCCUUCAGCCUUCCCUGCGCCCCUUGAUUAUUGCUGGGAGAUACGACGCUCCCCACACAAUCGAUAUCUUUCUGGACUAUGUCUGCCCGUUCAGCGCGAAGCUCGCCCUCGCUAUCGACAGCGUACUGAAACCGGCCUUGGACGCCGGCGGCAAAUACGAUGGUAAAGUGAAAGCGAUAUUCAGGCCGCAAGUGCAGCCGUGGCAUGCGUCGUCCACUUUCGUCCACGAAGCUGGGCUAGCGGUUGCGCGCGUUGCGCCGGAGAAAUUCUGGGCGUUCUCGCUUGCACUCUUUAAGAAGCAAGGCGACUUCUUCGACAUACCCACCUCAACCUUGACACCCCUCCAGGUACGCGAGAAAUUAGCCGCGCUCGUCGCCGAAACCGUCGGCCAAGACAAAGUGCAAGCGUUCAACGACCUGCUCACACUGAAGAGCUCGCCCAACGGCGGCGUCGCGGUCACGGAUGAUCUGAAGUAUACCGUCAAGUUCUCCAGGCAGAAUGGCAUCCAUGUGUCGCCGACUGUGCUCUGGGAUGGUAUUGUGGCUAAUGAGAUAUCGAGUUCUUGGGGAGAGAAAGAGUGGACCGAAUUUCUUGCGGCGAAGGUUGUUGUUUGAUUAGAGCAGUCGUUGCGACCGUCAGGGAUGUAACAGUGUACGAGUAGGUAUUCAUUAAACCGGUGUAAGUGCAGUGUGUACGAAAUUAUACAGAUUGUGUGGGCGAAACUAUGAACGUCU